AUGACAGCUGAAGAAACAGUGAAUGUGAAAGAAGCUGAAAUAAUUAAACUCAUACUUGAUUUUCUGAACUCAAGGAAACUUCACAUCAGUAUGCUGGCGCUUGAGAAAGAAAGUGGGGUCAUUAAUGGCCUGUUUUCAGAUGACAUGCUUUUUCUAAGGCAAUUGAUUCUUGAUGGUCAGUGGGAUGAAGUUCUUCAAUUUAUUCAGCCUCUUGAGUGUAUGGAAAAAUUCGACAAGAAAAGAUUUCGUUACAUUAUAAUGAAGCAGAAGUUCUUGGAAGCCUUAUGUGUAAACAACGCAAUGUCAGCGGAAGAUGAGCCUCAGCAUGUAAGAAUUCUUUUCAUAGAUCUGGAGUUUACAAUGCGAGAGGCUGUGCAGUGCCUACACGCGCUGGAAGAAUAUUGUCCCUCUAAGGAAGACUACAGUAAGCUGUGCUUGCUACUGACGCUGCCUCGCCUGACCAACCACGCGGAAUUCAAGGACUGGAAUCCCAGCACUGCACGGGUUCACUGCUUUGAGGAAGCCUGCGUCAUGGUGGCAGAGUUUAUUCCUGCCGACAGGAAACUGAGUGAGGCUGGCUUCAAAGCAAGCAGCAAUCGUUUAUUUCAGCUUGUGAUGAAGGGAUUGCUUUAUGAAUGUUGUGUGGAAUUCUGUCAGAGUAAAGCAACAGGAGAAGAAAUCACAGAAAGUGAAGUAUUGCUGGGCAUUGAUCUCUUGUGUGGUAAUGGGUGUGAUGAUUUGGACCUUAGCUUAUUAUCAUGGCUGCAGAAUCUGCCAGCUACUGUUUUUUCUUGUGCUUUUGAACAAAAGAUGCUUAAUAUUCAUGUCGAUAAACUCCUCAAGCCUACAAAAGCUGCAUAUGCUGAUCUUUUGACGCCUCUUAUCAGCAAACUUUCUCCUUACCCGUCAUCCCCAAUGAGACGGCCUCAGUCAGCAGACGCUUACAUGACCCGCUCCCUAAACCCUGCCUUAGACGGGUUGUCGUGUGGAUUAACAAACCACGAUAAGCGAGUCACAGACCUUGGGACCAAAACUUCUCCAAUGUCGCACUCCUUUGCUAACUUCCAUUACCCGGGAGUACAGAACCUCAGCCGAAGUCUCAUGCUGGAGAAUACUGAGUGUCACAGCAUUUUUGAAGAGUCACCAGAGCGAAGUGAUACUCCUGUGGAGCCACAGCAUCCCACCAGCAGUGAGACUUUGUGCCAGAGUUCAGUUCCAGAAAAUGAAUCAGUUAAUGGAGCACAGAGUCAGGGAUCAGCCAAACAAGAGAAAAAUGAGCUUCGUGAUUCAACAGAGCAGUUUCAGGAAUAUUAUAGACAAAGACUACGUUACCAGCAGCACUUAGAACAGAAAGAGCAACAACGACAGUUGUACCAGCAAAUGUUGUUGGAAGGAGGUGUAAAUCAAGAAGAUGGAGCUGACCAGCAACAGAAUCUUACUGAACAGUUUCUUAACAGAUCUAUCCAGAAGCUAGGAGAAUUAAAUAUAGGUAUGGACAGUCUUGGAAAUGAUGUACAAACACUUAGCCAGCAAUGUAACGGGAGCAAAGGGAAUGCAUCUACCAAUCCAGCAAGUAACUUUACAUCACCACCUUCAGACGCUAGUCAGAGGAUAACUGAUAGCCAAAACAUUAAUACCAGCACUCCUCGAAAGCGUGGAUCAGCCAGUCAGAUACCCUUUCCUGAAGAGUCACCUGUACAGGGGAAUCAAAUUGUACCAGAACAUGCUGCUGCUCAGCCACAGUUGGAAGACUCUUCAGGGAAUUUAACUAGGACAAGAGGUGAUGAGGAUGACAAAUCAAAAAAGCAGUUCAUUUGCAUUAAUACUCUAGAAGACACCCAAGCUGUCAGAGCUGUAGCCUUUCAUCCCAGCGGGAGUUUGUAUGCUGUUGGCUCCAACUCCAAAACUUUGAGGGUGUGUGCCUAUCCAGAAGUAAUUGACCCAAGUGCUUAUAAUACUCCUAAACAACCUGUCGUUCGCUUCAAAAGGAACAAGCAUCAUAAAGGAUCAAUCUACUGUGUAGCCUGGAGUCCCUGUGGGCAGCUGUUAGCUACUGGUUCUAAUGAUAAAUAUGUGAAAGUACUGCCUUUUAAUGCAGAAACUUGUAAUGCAACAGGACCAGAUUUGGAGUUCAGCAUGCAUGAUGGGACAAUCAGAGACCUUGCUUUUAUGGAAGGCCCAGAAAGCGGUGGUGCUAUUUUAAUAAGUGCUGGAGCAGGGGACUGUAACAUUUACACAACGGAUUGUCAGCGAGGACAAGGCCUGCAUGCUCUGAGUGGUCACACUGGUCAUAUUUUAGCACUUUAUACCUGGAGUGGGUGGAUGAUUGCGUCUGGAUCCCAAGACAAGACUGUAAGAUUCUGGGAUCUAAGAGUGCCAAGCUGUGUUCGUGUUGUGGGAACAACGUUUCAUGGAACAGGAAGCGCUGUAGCCUCAGUAGCUGUUGAUCCUAGUGGUCGUCUCCUGGCUACAGGACAAGAGGACUCUAGCUGUAUGUUGUACGAUAUUCGAGGAGGACGGAUGGUGCAGAGCUAUCAUCCUCAUUCCAGCGAUGUUCGUUCUGUUCGCUUCUCUCCAGGGGCUCACUACUUGCUCACAGGAUCGUAUGAUAUGAAAAUAAAGGUGACAGACUUGCAAGGGGACCUCACAAAGCAGCUUCCUCUUAUGGUGGUAGGAGAGCACAAGGACAAAGUUAUUCAGUGCAGAUGGCAUACACAAGAUCUUUCCUUCUUGUCAUCUUCUGCGGACAGAACUGUAACCCUUUGGACCUACAAUGGCUAGAGUGCAAACAAAGGCAACCUAUGCAGCUAAAGCACAGAGACCUGAGACGACAGAACUGUAAAAGCAAAGUAAUAAUAAUUAGGCAUUGAGAGAGCAGCAGUUGAGCAGGAGAGUGUCUUAUCCAGAGGAGGGGCACUUGUCACAGAUUUUUCUGGUUUCUAGGAGGUCUUGGUGUUUCUAGUAUAUUCUUUUGCAGUGCUUUCAGUCUUCCAUGUGAACUCAUGCUGCUGUGACCUAUUGUAGUCUUGUUGCCAAAGUCUAUGAGGAGAACUCUUAUGUUGUUGAUGUGCACUCGAAGUAACAUGAAUGAUGUGUUUACAGUUUGGUAUUAAUUGCAUUCCUUGGUCUUUGCCUCAAUGAGAAUUUUAUAUAGAAACUUACGUUGAACACCACUUGUAAUCAAGUCUAUAUGUAACUAGUUCCACAUACACACAUAAGAUAAAUUACUUCCACUGUUUUUUCAGAUUUAUUAUAUUCAUCACUUCUCAACAAGAGGUCAAACUUUCUAACAUCUCCACAAUUUCAACUUUUUUAGUAAUAAA